AUGGGCUGCUGCAGCAGCCGGAGCUCGGACUCGCCGGCCACCCGCGUCACGCGCUGGCGCUCCACCGGGAUCGUCGCCCUCCGGGACGCCAAACUGAAGGUGGUACCACAUGAAGUUCUGCAAGUGGGAAAUUCCCUUAGAACUCUGGAUUUGACAAAUAACAAGAUAGUUGAGGUUCCCCAGGAAGUUGGUACCAUUGUGAAUAUGCAAAGGCUGGUUUUGGCUGGUAAUUUGAUUGAAAACAUUCCAGCUAAUAUUGGAUACCUGCGGAACCUUAAAAUCCUCACGCUUGACAGAAAUAGGAUCACUGUCUUGCCUGAAGAAUUGGGUUCUCUAUCAAAUCUUCAGCAGCUUACAGUUUCUCAGAAUUCUUUACUGUGCCUACCUAAAAGUGUUGGGGAUUUGUGCAAUAUGCUGCUACUCAAUGUAUCUGAUAACAAACUAAAUGCCCUUCCCGAAUCAAUAGGAGGCUGCAAGUCCCUGGAAGAAUUGCAGGCUAAUGGAAAUACAAUCGAAGAUGUGCCCUCAUCAAUUUGCAACCUUGCUUGCCUCAAAUCUGUAUCAUUGAAUGGAAACAAAAUUCGUCAGCUUCCCCCAAACUUGCUGAAGGAUUGCAAGGCUCUUCAGAACUUGUCACUGCACAGCAACCCAAUCUCGAUGGACCAGUUUCAGCAAAUGGAUGGAUUCGGGGAGUUUGAAGCACGCAGAAGGAAGAAGUUUGACAAGCAGAUUGAUUCAAAUGUGAUGAUGGGCUCCACAGCCCUGGAUGAAGGCAUUGAUUUACGCUAG